AUGGAGGAGCAUUUGUCGGCAGGUAUCUGGAACCUUUUAUAUCCCUCCACUGACUUUGUGUUUUCCCUUUACUUCCUCAUCAGCACGACACACAGUUUCCUCUUUGGAGCUCUUGCUGAACUGCUGGACAAUGCAAGCAAUGAUAUUGUCAUGCUUUCUUUUUCUAGAGAUGCAGGGGCCACACGACUUGAUGUGUUUUCAGUGGAUAAUGAAAAACUGCAGGGUGGAUUCAUGUUGUGUUUCCUGGAUGAUGGAUGCGGCAUGAGCCCUGGAUUUCAGUAUGCUACUGAGGCCUCCUAUGUGUUACUUCUGCCCCAGCCUCAAGUGGCUGGGAUUGCAGAUAGUGACUAUGAUGACCAGUUUAGCUCUGAAUAUUUUCACAGUAAUUCUGUUGUCGUUCCCAUCCCUUCAUGGAUAACAAAAACCAGAGAAUCUAUCACAGAUGACCCCCAGAAAUUCUCAACAGAGCUGUCUAUAAUUUAUAAGUACUCCCCAUUUAAAAAUGAAGCAGAGCUGAUGCAACAAUUUGAUAUGAUCUAUGGAAAAUGUGGUACUUUGCUAAUUAUUUACAACUUGAAGCUUCUUCUUAGUGGAGAACCAGAGUUGGAUGUGAAAACUGACAAGGAAGACAUCCUGAUGACUGGGGCUCUGGAGGACUUUCCAGAGAGAUGCUCAUUCAGAGCCUACACCUCUAUUCUGUAUUUUGACCCAGGGAUGAGAAUCUAUAUCCAAGCAAAAAGAGUUCAAACAAAGAUUCUAUAUCAUUGCCUCUACAAACCCAGAAAGUAUCUCUAUGUCACAUCUUCUUUUAAAGGUGUAUUUAAAAAUGAAGUAAAAAAGGCGGAAGAAGCAGUAAAGAUCGCUGAACUUGAGUUGAAAGAAGCACAAAUCAAAACAAGCCAGCCUAACACGAUUUCUUUGCCUUCUGCCAAGAAUGUGUUACAGAAAGCUUUGGAAGAUGUAGAAGCAAAGCGUAAGAAUCUUAAAGAGAAACAGAGAGAAUUAAGAAAAUCAAGAACACUCUCCCUGUUCUUUGGAGUAAACAUAGAAAACCAAAGCCAAGCUGGAGUGUUCAUUUACAGUAACAACCGUUUGAUCAAAAUGCAUGAGAAAGUGGGCCCGCAGUUGAAACUGAAGUCCUUACUUGGUGCAGGUGUGGUUGGAAUUGUUAACAUACCUUUGGAGAUCAUGGAACUAUCCCAUAAUAAACAAGAAUUUCUUAAUGUUCAAGAAUAUGACCAUCUACUAAGAGUCAUGGGACAGUAUUUGAUCCAGUAUUGUAAGGACACUGGAAUGAGCAACAGGAAUCUAACAAUGUUUUGGAAUGACCUUGGGUACCAACAUAAUAAGGACCUAGAGAAAUCCUCAGAGAUUCAAUACCAAAGGAGACAAGCCAUGGCCAUUCCAUUCAUGAUGCAGUGUGAUCUUUGCCUUAAGUGGAGAGUCUUACCGUAUCCUACUGAUUUCCAGAAAAAGGAAUUUCUUGACGCGUGGAUUUGUGCUAAUAAUCCUAACCAUUCGGAAAACAGCUGUGAUCAGGUAGAAUGGCUUCCUUCAAUCCCCCUGGGUACCAUGAACACAGCAACAUCAUCAAAAAGUGAGAGAGAGAAGCAGCUGAGAGAGUCCAUCCAAAGGUAUCAGAAUAAACUGGCAGAAAUGAAGCCACAGAAACUUCAACUUAUAUCAUCAAGUAAGAUCUCAGGAACCACCUCCACCUUGCUCUCUUCAGCUCCUAAGGAUAUUACCAAAACUCAGAAACUCAGGAUUGCAAGUGAUAACUUGAAGCCUGGAUAUCUUUCCUCCCUUGAGUUUUCAGUCAACCACAGAGACCAAAAAAGAAAUCCAGAAGGUGCAGAUUUGUAUAUAGAGCAUGUUUCCAAAACCAAGAUAGUGAAGAAGUCUGUCAGCAAACCCCAGCAGCAAAGAGAAGCAGAAGCUCUGCCAGAAAAUGUCAAACUAGCUCAGAGGUCCCAGAUUGCUAAUAUAAGCACAGUGUCUGCAGAACUCAAACAAGUGAAGAGUUCUCAGAAAAAUGUCUCUUGCUGGGGAAUAAAAAGGGAACCAAGUAUAAGCCUCACACAAGAAGGUCAAGUAUUGGUUGAUGCUGAAUCCAGCAACAACAAUCAAGAUAUCAUCGUGAUUCUGGAUGAAGAUGACACUGAUGUUGCCUUGAAACAAGAAAAACAGGAGAUUCCACUUUUAAGCAGAGAAAAAAAGCAGUACAACGGUAUUCCAGCAAUAAAUGGAAAAUCUUCAUUGCUUAACCAGAAAAGCUUGCCCAGGGUGCCAAGGGAAGAUAUUAGUCCAAGUUCUGGACAUGAAGCUAAGGUUUCUGUGAGUGUUGGUGGCCAUGUUUCUUCUUCACUAAUGACAUUGUCUCAGAGCACAUCUGUUAAGGAAAUAGUGAGAAAACUCACAUCUAAUUUAAGGGAAAUUCUUCAGUAUUUUGUUCCUGACUGUCAGCUACCACCAGGAUUUGAAUACACAUCUGUAGAAGAACUUUUGGAAAAUUCUGAGCUGGAGCAAUGCCCAGAACAGAAAAACAAAAAGCUGAAAGAAUGUUUCAACCAGAUCCAGAAUGUAUACAUGGUCCAUUAUGAAAAAAAGCUAAAGAGAAAAAUUCAGUCCCUCAUUUAUGAUGUGAACAGAAGAGCAAUACUUACUGAAAUCUCUUGGGGACAAUGUGAAGAAAAAAGGAAGAAAGCUGAGUGUAAACUUAAUGACCUUCGUAUGAAAGUGGUGGUACUGCUGCAGAAGCUUCAGCUGGGUUGUCCAGUGGGUGACCUGGAACAGAUUGAUGCUUAUUUAGAAUCUUUGCUUCAAGAAGAUAAUCAACUUUUCCGGAAGACUUUAAAUAAGGAGUUUCUAGAUGUGGGACAUUAG